CCAAUUUUCUUCAACCCAACCCCAAAAUAAAAAACAAAACAAAAUUAAAAAAAAAAAACCCAUCAAUGGCCCAAACCCGAAUACCCCUUCUAACAUCCUUUCUCAUAUUAACACUCACUACUCCUUUUUCUUCUUCUUCUUCGCAUGAUCACCAGUUAAAAUUCCAACUUCUCGACGUCUCGGGCUCAUUACAACAGGCCCGUCGGGUUUUCUCCGGGACUUCUUCGAGCCUCCGAGCCAGCGCCGUUGCAGAAAGCCAUCGGCCGGCACUAAACUCUUCAUCUUCCAUCCUCUCCCUCAGUCUCCACCCGCGCUCAUCCUUACCACAAAACAACAACAACAAUAACAACGAUAAUUACGAUUAUCACAACAACAACUACACUCACCUCACAUUGGCCCGGUUGGCCCGGGACAAGGCCCGAGUCCAAUCCGUGCACUCACGGGCCACGUUCGGUUACCUUCGGCCGGCCCAGUUCGGGUCGCCGCUCGUCUCUGGGCUUCGCCAAGGUAGCGGUGAGUACUUUGCACGAAUCGGUAUGGGCCGGCCCGCCCGAGACCUAUACCUAAUUGCUGACACAGGCAGUGAUGUCAGCUGGAUCCAGUGUCGACCAUGCGUCGACUGUUACGAUCAGUCGGACCCGAUAUAUGAUCCGUCGGCCUCCACCACGUACAAAGACCUCCCGUGCAACUCCGGCGAGUGCAAUGCCCUCCGGAGGUCCGCCUGUCGGGUUAACACGUGUCGCUACCAGGUAGCCUACGGCGACGGCUCCUACACCGUCGGCAGCCUCGCCACCGAGACGAUAUCCUUCGUCCCGUCCGGUGCCUCCGUCUCCGGGGUCGCCAUCGGCUGCGGCCACAACAACGUCGGCCUCUUCUCCGGCGCCGCCGGCCUCCUCGGCCUCGGUGGCGGGCCCCUCUCCCUCCCGUCUCAGCUCCACUCUGCCUCCUUCUCCUAUUGCCUCGUAAACCGCGACUCGGCCUCCGCCUCCACCCUCGACUUCGGCUCUGAGCCUCCACCGCCGCCCGACUCGAUUUUCGCGCCGUUGAUCAGAAACCCGUUCGUCGACACGUUUUGGUACGUCGGCCUCGCCGGAAUCAGCAUCGGAGGCCGGCGGCUACCGAUCCCGCCGUCCCUCUUCAAGCUCGGCCGCGACAGGAGGGGCGGCGUGAUCGUGGACUCCGGCACGGCCGUGACGCGGUUCCCAAGGGAGGUGUAUCGAGUGCUCCGAGACGCGUUCGUGGGCAUGGCGACGGGGCUCCCGAGGACCGCGACUGGGUUCUCGUUGUUCGACACGUGUUACGAUUUGUCGGGCCUGCGGAGGGUGUCGGUUCCGGCGGUGUCGUUCGAGUUCACCGGCGGCAGAGGGACGUGGAGGCUGCCGGCGGCGAACUACAUGGUGCCGGUGGACGGCCUGGGGAAGUUCUGUUUAGCCUUCGCCGGAAUGGAGGGGACCAUGUCAAUCAUCGGGAACAUGCAACAGCAGGGGACACGUGUCGUGUAUGACGUGGCUAAUAGACGCAUUGCUUUUAGCCCUAAUAAAUGCUAGGAAUUUACGAAUUGUGUAACUAAUUGUUAGAUCAACACACACUCACGAGAUUUUUGUGUGUGAAGUGAUUGAUCCAACGAAAUUUUAAUUCCUCUUUGUUGAAAUGAUGAGAUGAUGUGUUUUGCUUACAUAAUUU